AAAAGGGACGCCAACCACUCUCUUUCUACGAACUCACUCCGGUCCCGGCCUACUCUACUCUACUCACUCCGGUCCCAACUGCCAAAUCCCCUCCGCCUUCUCUCUCUCUCUCACCUCUGAUAUUCUGAGCAGAUUGCGAUUGAGGUCAGCUGAGCUCCCCCAUUCCGCCGAGCUGCCGAGCAAGCGCACCAACUCCUUCUAGAGGUCGACGCGGUCGGCGCCAUUCAUUGCCAUGCACUCACAACCCACAGAUUACCGCCACCUCAUUUAACCCCCCUCCACUUCCCCAAGCCAACAAGAGAGACAGGCGCGCGGGAACCGAUGCGCCCAUGCACAUAUCCACCACCGCCGGUGCGCGAGUGUCAUGAAGGCGGCCGCUGCUCGAUCUCUCCUUGUGCGCUCCCCCGACCUGCUAGAAGCUGACGCGCAGUGACAACGAGCACCGAUGAAGAAAGGAGGAGCAAUCGCGGUGCGGCUGCUGCUGCUAGUUCUGGUUUCUUGCGCGGCGGCGGCGGCAGCGGGCGAUGAUGGCGACGUGCUGCUAGAGGUGAAGAGCGCGUUCUUGGAGGACCCGCAGGGCGUUCUGGAAGGCUGGACCGCCGACAGCGCCGGCUCGUCGGGGUUCUGUUCCUGGGCCGGCGUGGCGUGCGACGCGGCGGGGCUCAGGGUGGCCGGCCUCAACCUGUCCGGCGCGGGGCUCGCCGGGCCGGUGCCCGCGGCGCUCGCGCGGCUCGACGCGCUCGAGGUGAUCGACCUGUCGUCCAACCACCUCACGGGGCCCAUCCCGCCGGCGCUCGGGCGCCUCCGUUCGCUCCAGCUCCUCAUGCUCUACUCCAACCAGCUCGCCGGCGCCAUCCCGCCGUCGCUCGGCAGGCUCGCCGCGCUCCAGGUGCUGCGCGUCGGCAACAACUCCGCCCUCUCGGGCCCCAUCCCCGCAUCGCUGGGCCACCUCCGGAACCUCACCUUGCUCGGCCUCGCCUCGUGCAACCUCACCGGCGCCAUCCCGAGGGGGCUAGGGAGGCUCGCCGCGCUCACGGCGCUGAACCUGCAGGACAACUCCCUCUCCGGCCCUAUACCGUCGGACAUCAGCGCCAUGGCCAGCCUCGAGGUGCUCGCGCUCGCCGGGAACCACCUCACCGGCCCCAUACCGCCGGAGCUCGGGAGGCUCGCCUACCUCCAGAAGUUCAACCUGGGCAACAACUCCUUGGAGGGUGCCAUACCGCCGCAGCUCGGCGCGCUCGGCGACCUCCUCUACCUCAACGUCAUGAACAACCGCCUCUCCGGGCACGUCCCGCGCACACUCGCCGCGCUCUCGCGCGUGCACACCAUCGACCUGUCUGGCAACGCGCUCACCGGCGCGCUCCCGGCCGAGCUCGGCAGGCUGCCGCAGCUCAACUUCCUCGUGCUCUCCGACAACAACUUCACCGGCAGCAUCCCCGGCGACCUGUGCGGCCGCGACGAGGCAGAGUCGUCUUCCAGCCUCCAGCACCUACUGCUCUCCACCAACAACUUCACCGGGGAGAUACCAAGCGGGCUGUCGCGGUGCCGUGCGCUCACGCAGCUCGACCUCGCCAACAACAGCCUCUCCGGCGCCAUUCCUGCCUCUCUCGGUGAGCUCGGGAAUCUGACGGGUCUGCUGCUCAACAACAACACCCUCUCCGGCGACCUGCCGCCCGAGCUCUUCAACCUCACAGAGCUCACCGACCUCGCAUUGUACCACAAUCAGCUCACCGGCGGCAUCCCCGACGCCAUCGGCAACCUCAAGAACCUCGAGGUGCUGUACAUGUACGAGAACCAGUUCACCGGCGAGAUACCGGGGACCAUUGGUGACUGCUCGAGCUUGCAGAUGAUCGACUUCUUCGGGAACCAGCUCAACGGGACCAUACCGGCCUCCAUCGGGAACCUAUCCGAGCUUGUCUUUCUUCACCUCCGGCAGAACGAGCUGUCGGGCCCCAUGCCGCCGGAGCUCGGCGAUUGCCACCAGCUCCAGGUUCUCGACUUGGCCGACAACGCUCUGUCCGGUGAAAUCCCGGCCACGUACGGGAAGCUCCAGUCGCUCCAGCAGUUCAUGCUGUACAACAACUCGCUGUCCGGCGCCGUCCCUGACGGCAUGUUCGAGUGCAGGAACAUCACCAGAGUCAACAUCGCGCACAACCGGCUCGCCGGCAGCCUCCUGCCGCUCUGCGGCUCGGCGAGCCUGCUGUCGUUCGACGCCACCAACAACUCGUUCGAGGGAGGGAUUCCGGCGCAGCUCGGGCGGUCGCCGUCGCUCCAGCGCGUGCGCGUGGGGAGCAACGCCCUCUCCGGGCCGAUCCCGCCGUCGCUCGGCCGCGUCGCCUCGCUGACGCUGCUGGACGUAUCGUACAACGCACUCACCGGCGGCAUUCCAGACGCGCUCUCCCGGUGCACGCAGCUCAGCCACAUCGUCCUCAACCACAACCGCCUGUCGGGGUCCGUGCCGGCCUGGCUGGGCGAGCUGCCGCAGCUCGGCGAGCUGACACUCUCUGGCAACGAGUUCAGCGGCACAAUCCCGGUGCAGCUCACCAACUGCUCCAAGCUCCUGAAGCUCUCGCUCGACAGCAACCAGAUCAAUGGAACAGUGCCGCCUGAAAUCGGCAGGCUGGUUUCCCUCAACGUUCUGAAUCUCGCGCAGAACCAGCUCUCCGGUCCGAUUCCAGCCACCGUCGCAAGACUGAGCAACCUGUAUGAACUGAAUCUGUCACAGAACUACCUGUCAGGCCCGAUCCCGCCUGACAUCGGCAAGAUGCAGGAGUUGCAGAGCCUGCUGGAUUUGAGCAGCAACAACUUGGUCGGCAUAAUCCCUGCAUCACUUGGGUCUCUGUCCAAGCUGGAAGACCUGAACCUUUCUCACAAUGCUCUGGUGGGAGUGGUGCCGUCGCAGCUGGCCGGGAUGAGCAGUUUGGUGGAGCUGGACCUGUCUAGCAAUCAUCUGGAAGGGAGGCUAGGGGACGAGUUCUCCCGGUGGCCGCAGGGUGCGUUCUCCGGCAAUGCCGCGCUUUGCGGCAGCCAUUUGAGAGGUUGCGGCGGCGGUGGUGGGGGUGGUCGGUCCACGCUGCACUCUGCGUCGAUCGCGCUGGUGUCCGUGGCAGUGACGCUGACCAUUGUGCUCCUGGUGAUCGUGCUGGUGCUGAUGGCGGUGCGGCGGCGCGGACAGGGCUCCGGGGAGGUGAACUGCACGGUGUUCUCGUCGAGCCUUGGCAACACCAACAGGCAGCUCAUGAUCAAGGGAUCGGCGCGUCGGGAGUUCCGGUGGGAGGCGAUCAUGGAAGCGACAGCGAACCUGAGCGACCAGUUCGCCAUCGGCUCCGGUGGGUCGGGAACAGUGUACAGAGCGGAGCUGCCCACCGGCGAGACGGUGGCCGUGAAGAGGAUCGUGCACAUGGACAGCGACGUGCUGCUGCACGACAAGAGCUUUGCGAGGGAGAUCAAGAUCCUGGGCCGCGUCCGGCACAGGCAUCUGGUCAAGCUCCUCGGGUUCCUCUGCCACGGCGCCGGCGGUGACCGUGGCGGCAGCAUGCUCAUCUACGAGUACAUGGAGAACGGCAGCCUGUACGACUGGCUGCACGGCGGCAGUGGCGACGGCAAGAAGCGGGUGCUGAGCUGGGACGCGCGUCUCAAGGUUGCGGCGGGGCUGGUGCAGGGCGUGGAGUACCUCCAUCACGACUGCGUGCCGCGGGUGGUGCACCGUGAUAUCAAGUCCAGCAACGUGCUCCUCGACAGCGACAUGGAGGCGCACCUCGGCGACUUCGGCCUCGCCAAGGCCAUCGCCGAGAACCGCCAAGGCGGCGGCAAGGACUGCACCGAGUCGGCCUCUUUCUUCGCCGGAUCAUAUGGGUACAUGGCUCCAGAGUGUGCUUACAGCUUGAAGGCGACGGAGAAAACUGACGUGUACAGCACUGGCAUCGUGCUCAUGGAGCUCGUCACCGGGCUCCUGCCGACCGACAAGACCUUCGGCGGAGACAUGGACAUGGUGCGGUGGGUGCAGUCCCGGGCCGAUGCUCCGUCGCCGGCCAGGGAUCAGGUGUUCGACCCUGCGCUGAAGCCGCUGGCGCCUCGCGAGGAGUCGUCGAUGGUGGAGCUCCUUGACGUUGCUCUCCGGUGCACCAGGCCGGCGCCAGGGGAGAGGCCGACGGCACGGCAGAUCUCCGAUCUGCUGCUCCACAUAUCGCUCGAUUACUAUCGAGCUGGCGAGCAGAAGCGCUAGGCUCGCAAGGUGUCCUAGGUGCUUUACCAUCUGUUUCUUGUUUCAGCUACUUUGGGUUACCAUGUUUUACUUGGACGGAAGAGAUAGCAAAAGUUGUGAAGUUUUAGGGUGAUCAAGUAAAGAAUCGGCUUCAAUUAGAUUGUUCAGCUGUCAAUUUGGCUGCAUUUAAAUAUUGAUUGUACAA